AUGUCCGACGUCACCACACCCCGCUGCACUCCAUGCUGUCAGCACCGACUCCGUCCGACAUCACCACAGCCUGCAGCACUCCACGCUGUGAGCACCGUCCGUGUCCGAGGUUCCCACAGCCCGCUGCACUCCACUCUGUCAUCACCGUCCGCUUCCGACGUCACCACAGCCGCCUGGACUCCACGCUGUCAGCACCGUCCAUGUCCGACGUCACCACAGCCCGCUGCAAUCCACGCUGUCAGCACAGUCCGUGUCCGACGUCACCACAGCCCGUUGCACUCCACGCUGUCAGCACCGUCCACGUCCGACGUCACCACAGCCCGCCGCACUACACGCUGUGAGCACCGUACGUGUCCAACGUCACAACAGCCCGUUGGACUCCAUUCUGUGAGCACCAUCCGAGUCCGAUGUCACCACAGCCCGUUUCACUCCACGCUGUCAGCACCGUCCACAUCCGACGUCACCACAGCAAGAAGCACUCCACGCUGUGAGCACCGUCCGUGUCCGACGCCACCACAGCCCGCUGCACUCCAAGCUGUCAGCACCGUGCGCGUCCGACGUCACCAAAUCCCGCUGGACUCCACGCUGUCAGCACCGUCCAUGUCCGACGUCAUCACAGCCUGCUACACUCCAUGCUGUCAGUGCCGGCUGUGUCCGGCGUCAGCCCCGCCUGCUGCAAUCCUCGCUGUGAGCAUCGUCCGCGUCUGA